GUGCCGCCCUAUCAAGAACAUGAUAGGAAAAUAUGACACGUGUCUCAGACACCACUACAAACAGACAAAAGAGCCAAUGCUGAAUGCAGCACAACCAACUGCACCAUAGCAAAAGCUGGGCACUGAUCUUUUCCAUCUGCAUGGCAAGGACUGUCUUGGUCAUAGACUAUUAUUCAAACUACCCUGAGGUAGCAUAGCUCACCAAUACAUCAGCGCAGUCUGUCAUCAUACACAUGAAAAGCUUCUUCGCCAGACAUGGAAUCCCACAGUGUGUGGUUAGUGACAAUGGCCCCCAGUACAACUGUGUGGAAUUCAGGGAGUUUGCCAAGCAGUAUGGAUUUCAACACACUAUCUUUAAUGGACAGGCCAAAAAAGGAGUCCAAAUUGUAAAAAGACUGUUGAAAAAGGCAAGCAACAGUAAUACUGACCCAUACCUGGAUUUGGUAAGUUACCAGAUGGCAGCCCUGGAGUGUGGUGCAUCACCUGCUGAGUUUCUGAUGCGUCACAAGCUGCAUACCAAACUGCCACACAUUUCCACAGAGAAUGACAAGGUCAACAGCAGAGAACUGACAAACAAGAGGAUCAAACUGAAACUCAAACAGAUAAUGAACUAUGACAGAGCAGCAAGGAGACUGUAACCUCUUCAUGAAAUGGACAUUGUGAGAAUCAAGGAUCCUGAUGCUUGGACCAGAAAGGCAACAGUUCUCAGUGAAGUGGGUCCCAGAUCCUACACUGUGAGAACAGAGGAUGGACAAGUUUUCAGGAGAAACAGGAAGAGUCUUUUGAAGACUCAGGAGGACACUGACGGACAUUCUCAGGAAACUGAGUCUGGAAAGAGCGUUGGUGUGACACUAGACUUGCAACACACUGAGCCUCCUUCACCUUCCCCAGUGAUUGACACUCCAGCUUUGAGGUGAUCCACCAGAAUCAGGAAGCCUCCUGAGAGACUCAUAGAACAAGGGACCUGGAACCUGUUCCUUAACUGGACUUUGAACCUUUUCCUCACCUCGUCAUCCAUGAGCUGCUGCAUAUCGAAUGUGUUCCUGAUGUUUUCUCUCCUAAGGAAGUUGAAGCUAAGUUUAAACUUUAUGGUUGUUCUUACCAGAUAAUGAUCACUACCUAUGUUGGCUGAUCUAAGUGCCCUGGUGUCUAGAACAGAGGUUCUGAACUUGCAGUUGAUUAGGAUGUGGUUGAUCUGGUUUGCUGCCUUACCAUCUGGUGAUACCCAUGUCUGUUUAUGUAUAUUUUUAUGUGGAAAUAAUGUUCCGGGGGGUGGCACGGUGGUGUAGUGGUUAGCGCUGUCGCCUCACAGCAAGAAGGUCCGGGUUCAAGCCCCGUGGCUGACGAGGGCCUUUCUGUGCGGAGUUUGCAUGUUCUCCCCGUGUCCGCGUGGGUUUCCUCCAGGUGCUCCGGUUUCCCCCACAGUCCAAAGACAUGCAGGUUAGGUUAACUGGUGACUCUAAAUUGACUGUAGGUGUGAAUGGUUGUCUGUGUCUGUGUCAGCCCUGUGAUGACCUGGCGACUUGUCCAGGGUGUACCCCGCCUUUCGCCUGUAGUCAGCUGGGAUAGGCUCCAGCUUGCCUGCGACCCUGUAGAAGGAUAAAGCGGCUAGAGAUAAUGAGAUGAGAUGAGAUAUUUACACAGAUUUUUUUUUUGUCAAUUUCCAUUUCCAAGAUCACUUUCUUUACCAUACCUGGAAAAAAAUAAUAAAUGAGUAUGAUUUGUGUCCACAAAUAAGUCUGCAUCUACAUAUCCAAAUAAUUACCUUCUCUUCAGUCUUCUUGCUGAUGUAUCAAGGGCAACAUGGGUGGAGCCACACAAGCAAAUUCCUGAAGAGAAACCUGUUCCAGUUAGCCUGUUAAACUGAAGGUAUAAAAGUGGGACCUGGGGUUGGUGCUCUAACAGUCGACCCGGUCAGAAGCUUAGUAUUCAUCAGGAUUUAUACAAUUGAAUUAAAUUGGAGGGUCUGAGUCUACACCUGUACAAGAACCUCCUCAAGUCUCCAGUAUUGUUUAUCCGGAUUCAUUAAAUUGAAUAAAAUGGGAGAGCACUUGUCCACAUUGGAGCCUUCUCCUCCUCCGUCUCAAGAAUUUGAUAAGCCAUGGAGGACGAUGCCUUGGGGGAAAAAUGACUUGGAAAAGAAACUCAGGGAUUUCAGGCUCAACCAACCAAACAUUCAGUUUGUCAGGAUUCUGCUUGUUGGUGACACUGGAGCUGGAAAGUCCAGCUUUAUCAACUCAGUCAACGAUGCUUUCCAAAAACGAAUCACCUCUGGUGCUCUAGCUAACACAACAGUAUGUGGAAAAAGUUUUACAAAAACUUACGAAACCCAUUACAUUGAAGGAGAGGAUGGUUCACUUUUGCCUUUUGCCUUUAAUGAUGUCAUGGGAUUUCAAGCAAAUGAAGCUGGUGCGCUUUCGGUGGACCUCAUCAGAGCCUUAAGUGGUGUUCUUCCAGAAGGAUACAAUUUUCAGAAGGCAUCAUCCAGCUGUGUGCAGGACUCUUGCUACAGAAGCAACCCCAGUCUUGAGGAACAAACCUUCUGCGUGGUCAACAUUAUUGCAGCAGACAAAGUAUCCAUGAUGAACGAUUCAGUUAUUAAUAAGAUGAAAAAUAUCCGUGAAGCAGCUGCAGAAUUGAAAUUGCCUCAAGUAAUCAUCAUGACAAGACCAGAUAUAAUAUGCCCACUGGUUAAAGGUGAUGUAAGGAAGGUCUACACCAGCAAGAAGAUCAAAGAGAAGAUGGAAAUGUGUAGUCAUCUGCUGGGAAUUCCAAUGAGUCACAUUUUCCCUGUGAAAAACUACCAUGAGGAGAUGGACACAGACGAUGACAUUGAUGCCCUGAUUUUCAAGGCACUUGAUCAGAUUGUGAACAUUGCCUGUGACGCGCUAAAGAAAAAAUCCUCUAACUCUGGUGACAAACCUAAGUAGGGAUUCAGAACCCAAUACCUCAAGUACAUGAAAAACACAUUAUGCAUAUGAUUUAUAAUUGAAGACGGUUAACAAAUAUGCAUUCGUAACGUAAAUGUAAUGUAAUAUUCUGUCUUUAUGGAGUACAUUAGUUUGUCACUUUAGUUACAGUUACAAUAAGACAAUGAUUUCAUUAAUUUUCAGAGUUAAUACACCUUAAGUGUAACUAGGAGAAAGAUGAAGUUAUUGUGAUAAACUAAGACAAUUCCCAGGACGUCUCACAUAUCAGUCUCAGUCAUGUAUACUCACUCAGUCCUCAGAUUUUAAAAUGAGCACAUUAGCUAAGGUUUUUGGCUUUUUAUCUGUCUUUGAUUUGAAAAUGUGCCUUUUUUUGUACUGUUAUCAUUAAUUACACUAAAAAUAUUUCUUGUGCA